AUGAAAGAACAAAACCAAAGCGUAACAUCUUCUUGUGGCAUCCAUCCAAUUGAGUUUAUCGAAGGUGUGUGUCCUCUCUGUCUUAACGAGAGGCUUCUGGUCUUGGCUUCUAUACAGAAGUUACAACAUUCAUCUCCUCCACCUUCAUAUCACACUAUCCGAAAACCGAAAUUCAGUUUUCAGAAAUCUUCUAAAAAGAAAAACAGUAGUCUCUUCUCCUUCCUUGGCUCCUUCGAUCUGCGACACCACAAGUUUGAUCAACAAACCAACUCCACCAGCAGUCCAGAAGAUUCAUUCAUUUCGAUCGAGUUCGAAGACAAUGAUGGAGCAAAAGAAAGUUCUCAGCUUGAGAACUGCAAGGCUUCAAGGGAUCAUCAAUAUCAUCAACAUAUGACGAAGAAGAAGGAGAGUGUUCCUCAGCCCUCGCCAAGUCCUCGGUUGACGUGGAGGAAACGUAUUGGCCGACUCUUACGUGUCACCAGUUUUAGGAGGCGGUCUAGUGCCAAGGUUAAAGGUGAUGAUAGCUUGAUGAAUAGAAAUUGGUUGAGGCCAUCGUUCUCCACCAACAGGAAAACCCAAAAUUAG